CAACGGCUGACUGUGACGGAAUGCACCUGCCGCCGCCCCGCCCGCCCACAGCGACUGGUCCUCGGCAGGAAGAGCGGAGGGGGAGACGUCACCUCUGGGUAAACCAGCUCUGUUUACUCACGCAGCGAUAAGACGGCGUCAUAAAAAAAAGCCGUGAAUGGAUGCAAAGGUUAGGGCGCAGAGUCAUGCUAUAUGCGUUUGAACAUCACUGAGGCGACCAGGAACGCUCUGUUUUAGCACGCCGCGGACAUGUCCACACCUGGCAGGGACGAGAGACGCUUCAUCAGCGGCGUGGUGGAAGGUUUCUAUGGGCGACCAUGGACCAUGGAGCAAAGGACAGAGCUCUUUAAAAGGGAGCACCAGUGGGGUCUGAACACGUACCUGUACGCUCCCAAGGAUGACUACAAACACAGGAUGUACUGGAGAGACUUGUACUCUCCCGAGGAGGCAGAACAACUGGUCGCCCUGAUUUCAGCAGCCGAAAAUAACCAGGUGGAGUUCGUCUAUGCAAUCUCUCCUGGUCUGGACAUCACUUUCUCCAACCCCAGAGAGGUGGCCGCCCUGAAGAGGAAGCUGGACCAGGUGAAGCAGUUUGGCUGCAGGUCCUUCUCUUUGCUCUUUGACGACAUCGAGGCCGAGAUGUGUCCAGCCGACAAGAAAGCCUUCAGCUCCUUCGCCCACGCUCAGGUGGCCAUCACCAACGAGGUGUACCAGCACUUGGGCGAUGCCAAGACCUUCCUCUUCUGCCCAACAGACUACUGUGCCGCUUUCUGCAACCCCAACGUGUCCCAGUCUUCGUAUUUGCAGACCGUAGGGGAGAAGCUCCUGCCGGGUAUCGACAUACUCUGGACUGGCCCAAAAGUGGUGUCCCACAAAAUCUCAGUUGAAUCCAUAGAGGAGGUGACGGCUGUCCUGAAGAGGGCCCCAGUCAUCUGGGACAAUAUUCACGCCAAUGAUUAUGACCCUCAAAGGCUUUUCCUGGGACCGUAUAAGGAUCGACCCACUGAGCUGCUUCCUAAACUGAGAGGAGUGCUCACAAACCCCAACUGUGAGUUUCAUCUAAACUUCGUGGCCAUCCACACUCUGGCCACGUGGUGUAAAUCGUCUGCUGCUGAAGGAAGAAGAGAUGUGGAAUCGGGCUACAGCCCUCAGGAGGCCCUGACGCUGGCCCUCUCAGACUGGCUGCAGGAGUUCAUGAGCACAGAUCAGCCAGGAGGGGCCUGCCGAUUGGCUCGCCUCAAGAAGGAUCUGUCAGACGAGGAGCCCAUGCAGACGGACGCCAGCGAGAGCCCCCAUGUUCCCGGACCGGGAGAGAACCCGCUGUAUACGGCCGAGCCUCUGACCCCGGAGGACCUGAAUCUGCUCUCAGACCUCUUCUACCUGCCGUACGAGUAUGGCACCACGGCCCGGGUCAUGCUGGAGGAGCUGGACUGGCUCAAAAACCACCGUCCUGCUGCGGCAGCACAGACGGAGGAGUGGUGCGGUCGGGCGACGAGGUUUGACGGCAUGUGUGAGGCGGUGGUGCAGAUGUUCAACCGUCUGUCGAACGCCCCGAACCGCAGCGUUCUGUACGACCUGUACAACUACAUCUGUGACAUCAAGAGUGGGGUGGGACUGGCUCGAGCCUACGUCAAAACGCUCGGAGGUCAGGAUCAGCCCUCCGCUCAGAUACUGACCGAUGAUCCUGAGCCUUGGGGCUUCCGAGGAGGCCUCUCUGGAGAGUUCCAGAGGAUGUUGCCAGGACAUGGAAACAGGGACCUGUUCAAACACCCUCCCAUGACUGCAGUUUACUGCAUACGCCCUUACUGCACCGAGGACAGGGCUGAGGUGCAGAAGAUCUUUAAGGAGAUGCAGCUAGAAGGAGAGGGUCAACUCCCCCUGCAGACUAAACUCAUCAGUGAUGGCCUGUCACUGGGUGAAAUCCCCCCCUCCCCACAGUGUGCUCUCGUGGUGGAGGACGACGUUGGGGUUUGUGGAUACGCGCUGGGCCUCACUGAUGCCAAACAAGCUGCAGGCACGGACCAGAGGCCAGGAAGUGACGCCUUGUUGAGGGAUUUCCCCUCCCUGGUUGUUGUGCAGGCGCUCCCUCGGGUCACUGACCCGGCCCCAGUCAAGCGUAUGGUCACUCAGCUGUUGUCCUCCAUCAGGAACAGCGGCUCCAGAGGAGUUUUCUGUGAGCUGAGGCACCACGACCGGAGGAUGCUCGACUUUUACGCUAAACUCGGCCCCUUCAAGGCCGUCCCCGCGGACCCCAGCGUCCCUCAGGACACCAUCAUCAUGGCAACACAGCUCCAGUAGCUUGAAAGCGUUUAGGACGUCCGUAAACCGCUUCAUCAUGCCCCUCUGUUUGAUUUAAAUCGUUUCUCUUGUCUCACAAGCACAGCUGGAUUGAUUUGGUUGUCUUGUUAACUCUAAUGAUUCAUUUUUUGCAAUAAACGGCUGGCAAACCUCCAUUAUGAACUGUAAACUGAGUUGUUUUGGGGUUUUCAGGUAAGGUGGGACGACACAUUUAAACACAGCAGGACAGUUAAACAAAGGGUACAUUUUUAUUUUUGUCUUUUAGACAAUACAAAGGAAUAUAUACA